AUGAAAGUUACACUGAAUGGCAUCUCUGUGUUUGCAGUCCUGGCGGGUAUUUUGAGUUUCAUCUUCCUGGUGGCUGCCCUUGGCACAGACUUUUGGUACCUAACUGAUGCUUCUAAACUGGAGAAGUUAAGCAACCAUACAGGUAGCCUGAGUUCCCAUACAGGACUCUGGAGGACCUGCCAAUUUAAUAGGACAUGCCUUCCUUUGGUAAACCCAUUUAAAUCUGGGACAACAAACAUCACUGCAUCACAUAAGAAACUCCUGUACAUGCAUGGGGCAUUUGUGGUCCUUUUGCCUCUAAGCCUCAUCUUCAUAAUCUUUGGAGGAAUGGUGGGUUUCAUUGGCAUCCUUACCCAAGCGUUCUGCCUUCUGCUGUUCACCGGAGUGCUCUUUCUUCUAGGAGCUCUUGUUACCCUCCUUGGGGCCAGCAUCUACAUCGCCUAUUCUCCUGCCGCCUUCAAGGAAGCUGUCCUUCUUCUGGGGUGGAAGAGCCUGUUGGAAAAUCUGAACAUCCAGUUUGGCUGGUCCUUGGCCUUUGCCUGGGUGUCCAUCGCUGGGGAGCUUCUCACGGGGUUGGCAUUCAUUCUGAUGGCCAGGAUGGUGGGCCAGAAGCGACGGUGGGACAAUUUCAUUUGAGGAUGUCGGAGAUGGUCUCGUUCAAUGCUGUUUCCCUCACUGGCCCCUGUCUCUUUUCAUCACUGCUCUGAGCUAGGUCAA